GAGCGGCCGCGUGAGGCACCAGGAGCCCACCCGGCGCCGGGCGGGCGGGUCCAUUUUGCCGCACAAGCCGGGCAAUUGGCAAACUGCGGAUGGUCAGGUCCACUUUCCUUCGGGGGUGAGCGGCCUGAGAUCUAGAGACAAUGGCCCCGAUGGGAUGGAGCCCGAAGGCGUCAUCGAGAGUAACUGGAAUGAGAUUGUUGACAGCUUUGAUGACAUGAACCUUUCGGAGUCACUCCUCCGUGGCAUCUACGCCUACGGUUUUGAGAAGCCUUCUGCCAUCCAGCAGCGAGCCAUUCUUCCUUGUAUCAAGGGUUACGAUGUGAUCGCUCAAGCCCAAUCUGGGACUGGGAAAACGGCCACUUUUGCCAUAUCAAUUUUGCAGCAGAUUGAAUUGGAUCUAAAGGCCACCCAGGCCUUGGUCCUGGCACCCACUAGAGAGUUGGCUCAGCAGAUACAGAAGGUAGUUAUGGCCUUAGGAGAUUACAUGGGUGCCUCGUGCCACGCCUGCAUUGGGGGUACCAAUGUGCGUGCUGAGGUGCAGAAGCUGCAGAUGGAAGCUCCCCAUAUCAUCGUGGGUACCCCAGGCCGUGUGUUCGACAUGCUUAACCGGAGAUACUUGUCUCCCAAGUACAUCAAGAUGUUUGUACUGGAUGAAGCUGAUGAAAUGUUAAGCCGUGGGUUCAAGGACCAGAUCUAUGACAUAUUCCAAAAGCUCAAUAGCAACACCCAGGUGGUUUUGCUGUCGGCUACAAUGCCUUCCGACGUGCUUGAGGUGACCAAGAAGUUCAUGAGGGACCCAAUUAGAAUUCUUGUCAAGAAAGAAGAGUUGACACUGGAGGGUAUCCGCCAAUUCUACAUCAAUGUGGAACGAGAGGAGUGGAAGCUGGACACACUGUGUGACUUGUAUGAAACCCUGACCAUCACCCAGGCAGUCAUCUUCAUCAACACCCGAAGGAAGGUGGAUUGGCUCACUGAGAAGAUGCAUGCCCGAGACUUCACUGUCUCUGCCAUGCACGGAGAUAUGGACCAAAAAGAACGAGACGUUAUCAUGAGGGAGUUCCGCUCUGGCUCUAGCAGAGUAUUGAUUACCACUGACCUACUGGCCAGAGGCAUCGAUGUGCAGCAGGUUUCCUUAGUCAUCAACUAUGACCUCCCCACCAACAGGGAAAACUACAUCCACAGAAUCGGUCGAGGUGGACGUUUUGGCCGUAAGGGUGUGGCUAUUAACAUGGUGACAGAAGAAGACAAGAGGACUCUUCGAGACAUUGAGACCUUCUACAACACCUCCAUUGAGGAGAUGCCCCUCAAUGUUGCUGACCUCAUCUGAGAGGGGCUGUCCUGCUACCUAGCCCCAGCCAGGGCUCAAUCCUUGGGGGGCGCUGAGGAGCAGCAGGAGGGGGGAGGGAAGGGAGUCAAGGGAUGGACAUCUUGUCAUUUUUUUCUUUUUUUUUUUUUUCUUUGAAUAAAUGUCACUUUUUGAGGCAAAAGAAGGAACCGUGAA